CGCAACGAGAUUUUUGUUCUUUUCCCCAGGCUCGUUACACAGUGAGCAACCAUGAGCAGCAAAGUCUCUCGUGAUACUCUCUAUGAAGCUGUGCGAGAGGUCCUACAUGGGACCCAGCGCAAACGCAGAAAGUUUUUGGAAACUGUGGAGCUGCAGAUCAGUCUGAAGAACUAUGAUCCCCAAAAGGACAAACGUUUCUCUGGCACCGUCAGGCUCAAAUCCACACCCCGACCUAAAUUUUCUGUGUGUGUCCUGGGAGACCAGCAACAUUGUGAUGAGGCCAAGGCUGUAGAAAUCCCCCACAUGGAUAUUGAGGCCCUGAAGAAGUUGAACAAGAACAAGAAAUUGGUCAAGAAACUAGCUAAAAAGUAUGAUGCCUUUUUGGCCUCCGAGUCCUUGAUCAAGCAAAUCCCUCGAAUCCUGGGUCCUGGUCUGAACAAAGCUGGCAAGUUUCCAUCUCUGCUCACCCACAAUGAGAAUAUGGUGGCAAAGGUCGAUGAGGUUAAAUCUACUAUCAAGUUCCAGAUGAAGAAGGUGCUGUGUUUGGCAGUGGCUGUUGGCCACGUGAAGAUGACAGAUGAUGAGCUUGUCUACAACAUCCAUCUGGCUGUCAAUUUCCUGGUUUCUCUGCUAAAGAAGAACUGGCAGAAUGUGAGAGCAUUGUAUAUCAAGAGCACCAUGGGCAAGCCCCAGCGUCUGUACUAGAUCUACAUGGCGGAAGCUGCUAAUGAAUUAAUAAAUGGCGGAAGCUGCUAAUGAA